GAAUGGACUUAUAUAUAUACUCCCUCUUCAUUUUGGGUGUAUUUGUCCUGCGCCUUGAAGGUCUUUAAGCCCUAAGCUCUGUGAAUUCAGUGAUAUGGGGUCCUGCACCGGAAGUUCAUUCAGGCUGGGAAUGGGUGCCCGUCGGGCAAUGGAUCAUCCUGAUCCUUCUUCCAUUGGUGAGGAUUACUGGGAACUAGUUGAUGAAACGGCUCGAGAAGUCCUGAAUUAUGUCCACCCGACUAUGGACUCCGAGGAGAAGCGGAAGGACGUUAUUGAGUUCAUGCAGAACCUCAUCAGAGGUUGUGCUCCUUGUGAGGUCUUCCCGUAUGGUUCAGUACCACUGAAGACAUAUCUUCCCAAUGGAGACAUAGAUUUAACUGCUCUAAGUGAUCCUACCAUCGAGGAAUCUUUGGCACAAAAUAUCCUAGCCAGUUUGCAGGCAGAAGAACAGAAACAAAACACCGAGUAUGAUGUCAGGGAUACUCAAUUCAUCAAUGCUGAGGUUAAAAUUGUUAGAUGUGUUGUUCAAAAUAUUGCAAUUGAUAUAUCCUUUAAUCAGCUAGGGGGGCUUUGCACUCUUUGUUUCCUUGAGCAGAUAGAUCGCAUUGUUGGAAAAAAUCACCUUUUCAAGCGAACACUUAUGCUGAUAAAGUGUUGGUGUUACUAUGAAAGCCGGAUACUCGGUGCUCAUCAUGGCCUGCUAUCGACAUAUGCAUUGGAAAUACUUGUCUUGUAUAUCUUCCAACUCUUCCAUGCAUCCUUAAACACUCCUGUCGUGGCUCUCUAUAGAUUUUUGGACUACUAUAGCAAAUUUGAUUGGGGGAAGUAUUGUGUCAGUCUGAAUGGGCCAGUUCGUAUAUCAUCCCUCCCUGACAUAGUGGUUGAAUUGCCUGACAAUGGAAAGACAAAUCUAUUGCUUGCUGAAGAACUUUUGCGGGACUGUAUGGAAAUGUUCGCAGUUCCAUCAAGGGCCCCUGAAAGUAACAAAAGGGUAUUUCAACAAAAAUAUCUUAAUAUAGUUGAUCCAUUGAAGGAGAACAACAAUGUCGGCCGAAGUGUUCAUAAAGGUAAUUACCACCGCAUAUGCUUUGCUUUUAAGUACGGGGUCAGGAAGCUCGGCCAAAUCCUUUUAUUACCACCUGAUAACAUUGGAAAUGUGAUGAAAAAGUUCUUUUGGAACAACAUCUUAAUCGAUGGAUUGACUUCUGUGGCUAGCCUAGAGAAUUCCUCCCUAAGUAUUGGUGGUGACAGCUCUAUAAUAUUGUCUUCACCUUCACCUGCUGACUAUUUCUCCGACAAUGAUUUUGAGCAUGAUAAUUUUGAAACUGAAGAUAUUAAGUUCACUUCAUUAUCAUCAUCUCCUUCAUUAUUAGUAAAUGAGUCACAGAGUAAAUUAAUUCCUAAACAUGGAAGCUGCAAUGAUGAUGAGAGUGACAAAGUUGAGGAUUCAGAAGUUUGGAACCCCUUAGCAGACCUAACUGGGGAUUAUGAUGGUCACAUUCGAAGUUUGCUUUAUGGGAAGUGUUGUCAUGGGUAUGCUUCAACUGUGGCAGUGUCAUCACCCCCCUCUUCGAUUCUAAACAACCGGUUGUUGACUGUCACUAAUCAACAACCCACGAUGAUCCCCCGCGCCCCACAUUCUUUCCCUAAAACAAGCAUGACUCGUGUGUUCAUAGGGCCAUCACCUUUUGCUGGAAACUUCUUACCAUACCCUCCUAGUUCCAACUUUGAAAUGAAAUCAAAAUCACGGGGCACUGGAACGUUCUUCCCAGUUGUGAUUAAGCCUUUCAGGGAGAGAGCAUCUUAUCAAAAAGGAAAGGGGAAAAUCAGGAAAUUUGGUGCUGGUUAUGGUCAGCCUCCGAGAAACAAUCUUAGCAAAGGAUGGGUUCCUGUAUUGCUAGAGGAGGAGAUUGCUGUGCAAAGCAAUAACAUUAGCAGCAGCCAGUGGCGGACCUAGGCAUCAGAGCUCAGUGGAUGGGAGUGUGGGCUGAGGAAAGGUGACAAGAGGCAGAUUGCUGCUUUGAGAGUUAAGUAUGUGUCAGCCAUACUGUGCGCAGAUGCCAAUGAGUUGAAAUUGCAAAAUUUUAUGAAAGCAAGGGAGUUUGCAAAGAAAAAGGACGGAAAAAAGGUUGCAAAGAUUUGAGGAAGGCUUUAAGUAUAAUGUAGAAGGUGUUGAAGUUAAACAAUAUUUAAUUUUUCGUUGUUUUGAAUGACUUAAAUUUUGUGGUUGUGGUUCUUUUUUUACUUACAUUGUUUUUGGAUUACAGUUAGUUUGCUAUUAUUGGUAGUUUUUUGGGUAUUAUAAGCACGUGAAACAUAUGCUGAAAUGAGUUGUUAUACUGCACAAUUUGGUA